AGCACAGGGCAGCGAAAGGCUUGCCGGAGCGCUCGCUUUCGCUUGAGCUCUCACUCCGCUCUGGACAGCACCUCUCAGCUCAUGAGCUUUUAGACCACCUGCAUUUUUCUCCUAGUACGGUGCGCUAUUGUAAACAAGGACUUUUAUGAAUACCGGUAAGCAACAGAAGCCAGUGCUUACAGGCCAGAGGUUUAAGACCAGGAAAAGGGAUGAAAAGGAGAAGUUUGAGCCUACGGUUUUCCGAGACACGAUCGUUCAAGGCCUCAACGAAGCAGGUGGUGAUCUUGAUGCUGUAGCCAAGUUCCUGGAUGUCACUGGGUCGAGACUAGACUACCGUCGCUAUGCCGACACCCUGUUUGACAUCCUCAUCGCUGGGAGCAUGCUUGCUCCCGGGGGAACACGUAUCGACGACGGGGACAAGACCAAGGUGACAGAACAUUGUGUCUUCAAGGCCGAAGAAAACCACACUGCUGUUCGCAGCUAUGCUCAGAUGUUCAAUAAGCUCAUCAGAAGGUACAAAUAUCUGGAGAAGGCCUUUGAAGAGGAAAUCAAAAAGCUUCUUCUCUUCCUGAAGGCCUUUAGUGAGUCUGAGCAGAUCAAACUGGCCAUGCUAACAGGAAUGCUGUUGGCCAAUGGCAUGCUGCUGCCGCCCAUCCUCACCAGCCUCUUUAGCGAUAAUGUUGUCAAAGAAGGCAUUUCUGCUGCUUUCGCAGUGAAGAUGUUUAAAGUUUGGAUAGCAGAGAAGGAUGCUAAUGCGGUGACAUCGGCCCUUAGAAAAGCCAAUCUGGAUAAGAAGCUCCUGGAACUGUUUCCUGCCAGUAAACAGAAUGUGGAGCACUUCUCAAAGUACUUCACAGAUGCAGGACUGAAAGAGCUGUCUGACUUCCUGCGCGUGCAACAGUCUCUGGGCACACGCAAGGAACUUCAGAAAGAGCUGCAGGAGCGUCUGUCCCAGCAGUGUCCUAUUAGAGAGAUUGUGGUAUAUGUGAAGGAAGAGAUGAAGAAGAAUGAUCUGCAGGAGCAGGCUGUGGUUGGUUUACUGUGGUCCUGCCUCAUGAAUGCUGUGGAAUGGAACAAAAAGGAAGAGCUGGUCACUGAGCAGGCCCUCAAACAUCUGAAGCACUAUGCACCUCUCCUGGCUGUGUUCAGUACUCAGGGCCAAUCGGAGCUGGUCUUACUGCUCAAGAUUCAGGAAUACUGUUAUGACAACAUCCACUUUAUGAAAUCCUUCUCCAAAAUAGUGAUGCUCUUCUACAAAGCGGAUGUCCUUAGUGAAGAAGCUAUUUUGAAAUGGUACAAAGAUGCCCAUGCUGCCAAAGGAAAAAGUGUAUUUCUGGAGCAAAUGAAGAAAUUUGUGGAGUGGCUUCAGAAUGCGGAGGAAGAGUCUGAGUCAGAGGGGGAAGAAGACUAAAAAUCUUGUGGAUUCUGAAGAUUUUAGUGGUUUUACACUGUCAAGUGUCUGUUGCAAGCUUUUAGUGCAUAUACUGUAUACUGUGCUGUAGGCUCCAUGUCGUUUUAUUUGUGUCCAGAGAGACAUUACAGACACUGAGGCAAAAUCCAGGGAAAAGCUUCUGAGCUCUAUGAUAUGAGUGCAGGGGGCUAAAUAUAGUCAGACUUUAAUAAGAAACACUUUAACAUGAAUUUUAUACUAAUGAUGAUCAGGCACUGUGAUGACACUUCAGAUUCCUGCAGAUUUUCAUUCGUUCAAACUCAUGUGUGUCGUAUGGGACUGCUUUUAAUCUUUUUAUGAAUAAAAGGUGUUUUCUAUGUAUUCUAUUGCAAUAACAUGCCUGUUUAAUGUCUGACAAACCUUUUACACACACUCAAUUGAGUAUUAACACACACUUAUUUUGUAUUCAGCUGUCACUUGAUACCAUUCACUGUAUGUUAUUAAGACAGCUGCGGAAAAAACAUGAGACCAGCACUCCAACUUUUUAUUACAAAUCAGCAUUUCUAAAUGUAUUGUGGCCAUUCUAAUCCAGUGUCUGUUACAUUUUAACAAAAUCAAACCUCAGGAGUGAGAUAAAGUCAUUCAACAGCAAUGUGAAAAAGACUGACAGCACGACAAGACACAUGAAAACUAAUAAGAAUCCAGGUUAUCACAUCAAAAAAUAUUAUUUUAACUUUUCCUAAAUACAUGUAGAAAUAUUACUGUCAUGUUCCUUAAAAGUGAAUACGAACAUGUUUUCUUUGCAGUAUUUGAGGUCUGAAAAAAUACAGAGCAUCUUUUCUGUUAUUUUGACUUAUUUCUCCAGUUUUCAUUUUAUGCAAAUAAAAAACAACCUUUUUAUUUGAAAUUUGGUAAAAAUAUAGCAGUUCACAGAAUAAAACAAACGAUCAAUUUACUUUAACACAUAUCUCUAAAAUCGUCUCUUAAUUAUUUCUGCGGCUGUAUAUUAAAACUUUAUAGUUAUGAAAAGUGUGGUAAAAUUGUUAAGUAUGCCAUAGUAGAGUUUCAAUUUCCUGUUUAACUGAAAAAUUGGUAGAUCUGUAAUAAGUCAUAACUCCCAAAACAUUAAUGUGAUCACAAUAUCCAAGUGUUUAAAGUUCCUGAAUUCGUCUAACAAUUCUAAAUUAAUAGUUCACCAUAUACCAAAUACGAUUUGUAAGAUCUUUAACUUUGUUACAUUGUUUUCAUGAUGUUAAGCACAAUGUUUAACUCUCACAUUCUCGUUACUCUAAAGUAUGUGGAUGUUUAACUUGUGAGUACAUUUUCAGACCAAACAAAGAAAACAUCUUUUUGGGGGGUCAAUGGAUUAUUGUCAUUUUCAUUGUACUUUUACUAAAUUGUGACACAAAAUGAUCAUUUAAACAAAUUAAAACCUAUUUUUGCAAUUUUUUGUCUUGCUAUUUGCGCUGUGCCGUUAGCACGGGUGUGUGGAACUGUUAUACGCGGCAUUGUAUGGUCUAAAAAUUGUAUUGUGAAGCAUUACACAGUCCGUUAUUUCCCAUUAUCCUCACAUCUUUUUUCUCUUUUCAAAUCAUUCCUUUGAAUUUCUCACAACUGUAACAAUGUAUUAAAACUAUUAAAAUAUUGUUU